AUGAUUUUAUUACGAAAAAUUAUUAAACAAUUAAUUCAUAUUCGAUCAGCGAGUCGUCUAUCAUUUCGAAUUAAUGAAUUAGCAAGAUUUAGUGAUGGAAGUGCAAUAGCUCAAAUGAAUAACACAAGUGUACUUGUUACAAGUGUUAGUAAAGCGAAAACAUUAUCAUCGGCUCAACAAUCAUUUUUACCAUUAACAGUUGAUUAUCGAGAAAAAGCAGCAGCAGCUGGUCGAAUACCAACAAACCAUUUACGAAGAGAAUUAGGUUUAACUGAUCAUGAAAUUUUAACUGGAAGAAUGAUUGAUCGUUCAAUAAGACCUUUAUUUUUAAACGGAUAUGUCUAUGAUACACAAGUUACUUGUAAUAUAUUGUCUGCAGAUGGUAUGACAGAACCCGAUGUAUUAGCAAUUAAUGCAGCUUCUGCAUCAAUAGCAACAUCUGAUAUACCGUGGAAUGGACCAAUUGCUGCUGUUCGUAUCGGUUCUAUCGAUGGACAAUUUAUUGUAAAUCCUAAUCGCCAACAAAUACAAAAAAGUGAUCUGAAUUUAGUAGUCUCAGUUAAUUCCAAAGGACAUCUUGUAAUGAUCGAUGCAUCAGCAAAUCGUUUAUCGGAUGAGAAAUUUUUUUCUGCAUUACAAUAUAGUGUUGAAUGCUGUCUUCCAAUAAUUGAACAAAUAAAAAAUCUUUCGUCGAAAACCAAACGUACCAAUAUUGAACUACAAAAACUUGAUAAUUCUUUAAUUGAAAAACUUACAACAUUAUCAUAUGAUCGUCUAUUUAAAAUCUUUACCGAUUCUACACUUGAUAAAAUCGCUCGUGAUACAGCUAUAAUACUUGUUCGUCAACAAGUUCUUAAUGAAAUUAUAUCAUCAAAAGAAGAAAUUACUCCAAUUAAUUUAACAGAAACAUUUGGUUAUGUUGUGAAACGAAUAUUUCGAAAUUUAAUAUUUGAACGAUCACAUCGUUGUGAUGGUCGUUUAUAUGAUCAAUUACGUCCAAUUAAUUGUAAAAUUAAUUUAUAUGAACCAUUACAUGGUUCAGCUUUAUUUCAACGAGGUCAAACACAAGUAUUAUGUACAGUCGCAUUUGAUGCACUUGAUUCACAAUAUCGUCAUAAUGAAUUUGCAUUGAGAACAGGAAUAAAACGUAAACCAUUUAUACUUCAUUAUGAAUUUCCACCAUAUGCAACAAAUGAAAUUGGUCGAACAUAUGGAAGAGCUGAUCGAAGAGAAUUAGGUCAUGGUGCUUUAGCAGAAAAAGGUGUUGAACCUAUUGUACCUAAUGAACUUCCAUUUAUGAUUCGAUUAACAUCUGAAGUAUUAGAAUCAAAUGGUUCAUCAUCGAUGGCAAGUGUAUGUGCAGCUAGUUUAGCACUUAUGGAUGCAGGUAUAAAAAUUCAGGAACCAGUUGCUGGUGUUGCUAUUGGACUUGUUUCAAAAUGUACUGAUGAUGGUUCAAUUACUGAUUAUCGUAUAUUAACAGAUAUUUUAGGUAUUGAAGAUUAUAUGGGUGAUACUGAUUUUAAAGUAGCUGGAACACGAAAUAGUAUAACUGCAUUACAAGCUGAUAUAAAAAAUUUGGAAGGUUUACCAUUAAAUAUUGUUCAGGAAGCUCUUCGUGCAGCUCGAGAUGCUCGUUGUAAAAUAAUUGAUAUUAUGAAUAAAGCAAUUAAAGAACCGAGUAUAAUUAAAAAACAAAAUACACCAGAACUAGAAACUUUAACUAUUCCAAGUCAUAAACGUGGUCGUUUUCUUGGAAUUGGUAGUAUGAAUUUAAAGAAAAUCUUAGCACAAACUGGUGUAACCAUAUCACCAAUAGAUGAAAUAACUUAUUCAAUAUUUGCACCAAAUAAAGAUGCCUUAACUGAAGCAAAACAAAUUAUUGAUAAACUUUUAGAAGAAAUGAAAGAACCCGAACUUGAAUUUGGUGGAAUUUAUACAGGUAAAAUUGUUGAAAUACGUUCGAAUGGUGUUCUCAUACAAUUAUAUCCAACAAUGUCACCUGUUCUAUUACCCAAUUCACAACUUGAUCGACGAAAAGUUGAUCAUCCAAGUGCAUUAGGUUUAAAUGUUGGUGAUGAUUUACAAGUGAAAUAUUUUGGUCGUGAUCCUGUAUCAGGUACAAUGCGUCUUUCAAGAAAAAUUCUACUUAGUACUGGUGGUAUUGGACCCGUACGAAAUAUGAUUUCAACUGAAAAAGAUGAAAAACGACCAGGAAUAUGGGAUACUCGAUCAUCAGUGAAUGAAAAUAAUUCCGUAGAUAAUAAGAAGAAAUAG